CAGAGGUCACUAUCUUUUUACUGAAUGCACAGGAUAUGUUGCAUAAGACGUAUCAAAAUACCAAUUUUCACGAUAUAAAUAGGGCCCAAAGAACCCCCGAUAUGACAGAGUCAAUCUGUAAGGAAGGCGUGCCAUUCUAUAAACUCAACCAUGGAACUUAAGAUUUUGGUUCUGACAGCAACCCUAGCUGUAGUUCAUGGAGGAAUUGUAGGACCGAUAGGUUCUCCUCCUCAGGCCUCAGCGAUACCCGUCGGAGUACCCGCUUUACAAACCCGAAUCGAACCUAUCGACCCUCACCCCAGAUACGCGUACGGCUAUGACGUAAACGAUUACAUAACUGGCGAUUCGAAAAAUCACCAGGAAGUCCGAGACGGGGACGUGGUGCGAGGCGUUUAUAGUUUAUCUGACUCCGAUGGAACCCGCAGAAUCGUCACCUACAACGCCGAUCCACUCACAGGAUUCAAUGCCAUCGUCCAAAAGACACCUCUGCAACCCCGUCCCGGUCCUGGCCCUAUCGGUCUUCCUUAAGAAUGACUCGAAUGUAUAAUAAAAAAAAAUUAUUACUACUAUCCAUUCUCCUCCCUAGGUGUAUAAAAGUUAUUGUACGUAACACACUGUAUGUAACUGCCCCAAAAGAUUUUUUUUCUUUUUUUUUGUGUACAGUACCGUCAAUAGAAACGUUCAGAAAAUAA